AUGGCCAAAGCAGCGCUCAAGGAAAAGUCCAAGCCGGCGACCGCCCGGCCUGCAUUCGAUAAACCGUCUGCCAAUCAAAUCCCAUCCGACGACGAUGUCGAUAUGGAUGAGACUAGUGACGACGAGAGUAUUCCUGAAAAGGACGAGACUGAGAAAAAGCUUGAGCGCAUGUUGUUUGGAGAUGACGAAGGGUUUAUGGGGGCAUUGAAAGCCCAACAACAGCGAGCUGAUGGUAUGCAACUCGAUUUACACACUGAAAGAGAAAGUGAGGGCGAAGAGGAUGCCGAGGACGAUGAGAACCUCGAGGAGCUGGCCGAUGAAGACCUUUUCUUCCUCGACUCCGGCACUGCGGCUGCAUCUACAGAUAUCAUUCCAGCACCCGAGACCCCAUCCGACGAUGACGAAGAGGAAGAGCAGGUCCCUGCUAUUUGGCAUGACAGUGAUGAUGAGAAACUAGCCGUCUCACUCGCAGGCAAGGCUAGGCUUCGCAAACUACGUGUGGCCGAGUCGGAAGACGUAAUCAGCGGCAAAGAGUACAUUCGACGACUGCGCCGACAAUUUCAGAGUCUGCACCCAACACCAGACUGGGCAAACCCUGAAGCUAUAGCCAACCACCGCAAUGCCGGAUCUGAUGCAGAGGACGCAGAUUUCGACGAGGAGAAUGACCAGUUAUCUGUGCAACCACUGGCGAAGUUGCUUCAAAGCUCUGCCGAAAUUACCAGCAUCGAAGAAAAUGCCUGGUCAGCCGGCAAGCGUAAGCUUCGCCAGGAGGUGCUUGAUAUCCAACGUCUAAAGGACGUUGGCAAAGCUCAGCCCGUAAAUCCUUGCGGCCGGCCGCGCCGCUACUUCCAUAUCUGGGACAUGGACACCGGCAAAGUGGACAAAGUAAAGGGCACAGCGGACAGGAAAGAAGAACAAAAGACUAUGGAACGCCUAAAGCCCUCCCCGUGCGGCCGAUACAUCGGCCUAGUCGGUAGCUCGCGCAAAGGCGGCGGGCUAAUCAAUAUCCUCGACUCCAACACCGCCCAAUGGAUCGCCCAAGUCCGCGUCGACGGUCGCGGCGGCGUCGCAGACUUUGCCUGGUGGUCUGACGGUGAGGGCAUGACAAUCGCCAGCAAGAACGGCGAAGUGACUGAGUGGGAUGGCCGUCUGCGCCGCGUCGUAGCCCGGUGGAUGGACGCUGGCGCCGUGGGCACCACCGUGCUUGGGCUGGGCGGCCGCUCGGGCCGCACGCAGCUGGGUGGAGAUCGUUGGGUAGCUGUCGGCAGCUCGAGUGGUGUUGUCAACGUGUACGAUCGGCGUGAUUGGGCUGCCGCCUAUGCGGCAUCUGCGGACGGGGCCCAGGCUAUCCCGCGCAACCCUACUCCCACCCGCGCGCUCGAGCAAUUGACUACGCCGACUAGUCAUUUGGUCUUUUCCCCGGAUGGGCAGAUGUUGGUUAUGGCUAGUCGGUGGAAGCGGGAUGCGCUUAGACUUGUUCAUCUGCCUUCUUGUACUGUAUAUCGCAACUGGCCUACCGCCAAUACGCCAUUGGGUCGUAUCUCGGCGGUGGCCAUCUCGCCAAAUUCAGAGCAGUUGGCAGUUGCUAAUGAGCAGGGCCGUAUUCGGCUCUGGGAGAUUAGAGGAUAG